CCCCAGGCCACUAAAUCACGAACUGAAAUCUUUUUCUCUCUUCGCUUCUUUGAAAGAAAAAAAAAAUAAGAAGAAAAAAAAACCGAAAGGAUGUCGGGCGGAAAGGUUUCAUUCAAAGUCAUACUCACUUCCGAUCCAAAGCUUCCCUUCAAAGUUUUUAGCGUUCCAGAGGCAGCACCUUUUACUGCUGUAUUGAAAUUCGCUGCUGAAGAAUUCAAAGUUCCACCACAAACUAGUGCUAUUAUCACCAAUGAUGGUGUGGGCAUCAACCCGCAGCAAAGUGCAGGCAAUGUCUUCCUUAAACAUGGAUCUGAACUGCGGUUGAUCCCUCGUGAUAGGGUUGGUGCUUCGGCAUUCUUUUGAUCGGAAGCAUAUGUUGGCAACCUCAUAACUACAGUUGAUACUUCCAGUUACCUUUAUAUUUCUUUUGACUAGGUAUACCUGUCAAAGAAAAAUCUGAUGUUUUUGUAAGAAGUUUAGAAAUAUAUAAUAAGUUUGGACUCAAAUAUGUUACCAAUUGGAAUUGCAAACUGAUGUUUUUACUACCUUGAUUGGAGCAAAUAGAUAUUGGACUGGGAUCAGGUCUGACCUGGUCUUACCGGAUUUGCA